UCUAUUGCUGCUUUAUGUUGCCACAAAUUUAUUCCAUCCCUCCACAGGUUGGUCGAUUUAAUCCAGUCAUCAUGGAUUAUUUCUCUGUAUUAUAGAUAUGUAGAUCGUCACAGAGCGGAUCGAAAUGGGCACGGUCGAUUGAUCCCCGUUUGGGAGAGAAUUACACAGAUUGCGCGUUACGGAGAGUGGGAGCGCCUCGCACAUCCAAGGCAGCAGCGCCGAGGAGGAAAACCUGUGGAGGAUCUGCGCGAUAGGAACCACAGACGGGAAGAUGUCAACACGAAAAAGAAAAAGUCCUGUUUUUUCCAGCUGCCGUUGACUGAUGACAAGUAACCUGGGGACCGGGACUGGGCGAAACGAGACAGGUGAGAGAACCAUGGAGCCUCCCCCCUCGCUCAGCCUGGCCCUGUUGGGAGGCAGUGAAGAUGAGGACCAGCGCUUCCUCCUCCCCCUGGGCAGUUUACCCCAUCCUGCCAGCGCCGGCAACCAGCCAGGAUCAAACCACUCCAACCACAUGGGGGGGUCAAGUCUGGACCGCCUGAAUGGCAGCACCCCAUCCCCGUCACCUGUCACACCCAGUUUACCCCCUACAUCUCUUCCCAAGCUCCCUCUGUCCUCCUCUGGCGCUCAGCCUCUGCCCCCGCCCAUCCCAAAUGCACUGCACCCCACUAGUACCCCACUAUCAUCCUGCCUGGGCUCACAGCACAGCCUGAGUGGGGACAACUCACCUGUGUACAACGCCCUGUUCUACUCAUCCCACUCGCCCUCCAUGGAGCGAGAGAGGGACAGGGAAAGAGAGAGGGACAGAGAGAGGGGCUCCAAACACAGGCAGGCCAGUCCCUUGGUGCACCGCAGAGACAGUAACCCCUUCACCGAAAUCGCCAUGAGCUCAUGUAAGUACACGGGGGGAGUUAUGAAGCCGCUGAGCCGACUUAGUGCUUCCCGCAGGAACCUGAUAGAGUCGGACAGCAGCAGCGAGACAAAAGAGGGUGGGGUUUCUGCUGUGGCAGGAGCUGCGGCCCAGGACAGACAGAGGGACACCCCUCACUCCUCCUCUGUGGGACAGUCCACUACCCAUCAGCCCCCUCUCCAGAGCCCACCAGAGAUUGUGAUUUCAUCCAAGGAAGACUCGCCAUACCUCAGAGCCGGCUAUGAGAUCACUGAUUCGUCAUCCAAUCAGAUGUCCAUUUACCACCAGAACCACGCGCUGGUGGAGAGCAGACGCGCCCAGUCGGGACGGAGCAGCCGGCAGGGGGGCAUGGGGACCGUGGGCACCGGGGCCAGGGGUAGCACCUCCAAGGCUUCAAAACGCAAAAACCAAAACAUUGGCUACAAACUGGGUCACCGCAGAGCAUUGUUUGAGAAGAGGAAGAGGCUCAGUGACUAUGCCCUUAUCUUCGGGAUGUUUGGCAUCGUCGUCAUGGUGAUCGAGACGGAGCUGUCGUGGGGCGUGUACACAAAGAGCUCCAUGUAUUCACUGGCCUUGAAGUGUUUGAUCAGCCUGUCCACUGUCAUCCUCUUGGGGCUCAUAAUCGCCUAUCACGCUCGAGAAGUUCAGCUGUUCGUCAUCGACAACGGGGCGGACGACUGGCGCAUCGCCAUGACGAUGGAGCGGGUCCUGCUCAUCGCUCUGGAGCUGCUGGUGUCCGCAGUGCACCCGGUGCCCGGGGACUUUAAGUUCCAGUGGAGGGCGCGGCUGGCCUUCUCCUACGCCCCGUCCCAGGCCGAGGCGGACCUGGACAUGGUGCUGAGCGUGCCCAUGUUCCUGCGGCUCUACCUCAUCGCCAGAGUCAUGCUCCUACACAGCAAACUGUUCACUGACGCCUCGUCCCGCAGUAUAGGGGCCCUAAACAAGGUUCAUUUUAACACGCGGUUUGUAAUGAAAACGCUCAUGACUAUCUGCCCUGGGACGGUGCUGCUGGUCUUUAGCAUCUCCCUGUGGAUCAUCGCUGCCUGGACCGUGCGAGUGUGCGAGAGGUACCACGAUGCCCAGGAUGUGACCAGUAAUUUCCUGGGGGCCAUGUGGCUUAUCUCUAUCACCUUCUUGUCCAUUGGCUACGGCGACAUGGUGCCUCACACCUACUGCGGCAAAGGAGUGUGUCUGCUCACUGGGAUCAUGGGAGCGGGCUGCACGGCUCUUGUGGUUGCCGUGGUAGCCAGAAAACUGGAGCUAACCAAGGCCGAGAAGCACGUUCACAACUUCAUGAUGGACACGCAGCUCACUAAACGGAUAAAAAACGCAGCGGCCAACGUGCUGAGGGAGACGUGGCUCAUCUACAAACACACCAAACUGAUGAAGAAGAUCGACCACUCCAGAGUCCGAAAGCAUCAGCGCAAGUUCCUGCAGGCCAUCCACCAACUACGCAGCGUGAAAAUGGAGCAGCGCAAACUCAGCGAUCAAGCCAACACACUGGUGGAUCUGUCAAAGAUGCAGAGUGUGAUGUACGAACUCAUGUCCGAACUGAACGACCGCAGUGAGGACCUGGAGCGGCAGAUGUUGUCUCUGGAGCAGCGCGUGGAGCAGCUGACCGCCGGAUUCAACGCCCUCCCCGCCCACCUCUCCGCCACCCUCAGUGCCCAACACGCCGCCCUGGUGCACCUCCUCCGCGAACGGGACUCCAGGGACCACCGGAGCGGCCCGGGCGGGGGGAGCGAUGCGGGUAUCGUGGGCGCGGUGGUCCCUCUGUCUCCCGCGUCUCCUUUAACUCACGUCCCGUCUUCGGCCUCUCCGAUCCAGGUUACCUCGCCAGCACAAGCACCCGCCCCAGUGCCCACUUUAGCACUCGAAUCCCCCCUCUCGCCCCCGCCAAUGAGCCCCGAAGGCAGCCUAGAGGCCAGUCAGACUCAAAACACAUGCACAACCAGCUGCUGAGUGGGACACAUAUGUGGAGAGCGAGCAGGGACCACGCUUUGUCCCAUCUCCUCGGACAAAAAAAAAAAAAAAGACAGCACUAGAGUAAUACGAGAGGUGGUCCUGUGAUAUCACGCUUCCAGGCAAAAAGGGCAGAGGAGGGGGCAAAAUGAAUAGGACAAGGACAGAGGGGCUAUAUGAAAGAUGGGACACAAGUGAGGGAUUUUGAGUCGAUUUCCAUGGAGAAAAAUGGAGAUGAAACUGCGACUAAAAGGUGUGAGGGGGAGGCAGCAUGUCAGCCAGAGGAAUAGCCAGAGGACAAGAAAGGAGGAGCAAAAAGGGAAUAAUUAUAUGAACUCCAAAUGGAUCUGCUCAUAUUACUGAAAAGGCCUUUACUCUUUCUAUUGCUCUCUCUCUCUCUUCCCUCUCUCACAACCUCUCCUUUCUUUCACGGGGAAAGAAUGACCAUGACUUUUUAUCCUGAUGAUGUAUUUUAUAAGUGAAUGCAAAAUUAUGUGUUAACGAACAUCCCUUUAACAGAAGGUCCGUCCAAUGUGACCGCUUAACAAUGCUAGUGGCUUGCACAACACACGCACACACGGCAAUCAUACACGCACUGCAUGCACUAAAGAGUUAUACAAUGUGUUAGAUCAGUGGCUCUCAAACCAAGUACCACGUAUGCGAGGCUGCGGCUUUCUGAGUACCACCGGAUCUAAACCAGGUCUUUAACUGGUCUAAACUAGGGCUAAACCAGUUCUGUAAUAAGACUAUUCCAGGUCUAAAUUAUGACUAUAACAUAGCUGCAAA